UUUGAUUGAAAGGUAAGGCCCUAGUUCAUCACGACAGCGGCAUGUUGCUGCUUUCCUCGAGCGGGAAUGUUUGCUUUGCUUUGGUAGCGCCAGUGCUCUGCUCUAUAUAGGCCGGAAGGGAGAAGCCAGGACGGUAGUUUCCACUCUACCGUCGGUACCAUUCCCCCUCGUUGGUGCAAACCACAUUCCGCUCCCAUGAGUGAAAGUCAGACUAGCAACCCCCAGGGGCACCAGGAGAACGAGCUUGCUAGGAUACCCAGGCGGACACCGAUGGCAUGUUCAUUCUGCAGGGGCCGCAAGCUCAAGUGUGAUGGACGCCAAACAUGUGGAAACUGCGAGCGCCGCGGAAUCCCGUGCGUCUACGUGCCAGUGUCUGCUCAGCAGAAGUAGUUUAUCCCUUUCACUGGUGGAUGCCGGCAGCUAGCCCGACGGUCUCUGUGUUUCGAAGGACUGGCCUUCUCGUUAGUUUUCGCGCCUCCCAUACUUAUGCUACUUCAC